CGACACGCGUAGCAGCGGCAGGCCGAGCAGCACGGCAGCACGCGAGUCGCGCCUGGUUUGGGUGGCUAACCAGAAACCAUGGUGGAAACCGCCUUGUCGUCAGCGACGGCAGCGCCAAGAGGUUUUCAUCAGCGCACCACCCAUAACAACAUCAACUGCACCAACAACUCAAAGAUGAGGAUCGAAGAGCCCCCGUCCCGAAGAGACAAACACCAACAUGGCCUUGGUCGGGCCGGGCGAUGUCCUCGGUGGCGGCAUCGUCCCAGCGGUAGCAGAGGCGCCACGCGCCCGGUAACAGGAGGAGGCGCGUUUUGGUUUGCCUCGCCGACGGCAGGGGCGACGGCGGCGGCGGUACUCGUGGCUACACUCUUGUCGUGUCUCUGUCACGCGGCGAUCGGGCUUGUCAUCGAGGAGCCCUUUCAGGCGACCUUCGACCACGUCGCGGCGGCGUUUGGGCCGGACGUGCUUAGCGCGGAGCCCCCGGUGGAAUCGCGGCCGCUCGUCCGGGCUAAACCCCGGGAUGGCUGCGUGCCGCUCCACAAUGCCAUGGACGAGGGAGCAAUCGCGCUGGUGGAGAGGGGGACAUGCAACUUCACUCAGAAGGUGUUGCACGCUCAACUGGCGGGAGCCUCGGCGGUUGUGGUGACGGACACGCCAGCGACAGACAAGUGGUUGAUGGUCAUGUAUGGCGAUCCGGAGAACACCCAGGGCAUCGAUAUCCCGGCGGUGCUGGUUUCGCAUGCGACGGGAGAACGCCUCUGGAGCAAUCGUUCCUGGUUACCGGGCCGCCAAGGCCGGUUGCGGGCUAGCGUCGGCGCCGCGGGGCACAUCGUGAUGGCGGCCAGGCCCGUGGGGGCUCUUGAGAUGCUCGGCAUCUACCUGCUGCUGUCGGUGCUCCUGCUGGCAUUUUCCGGCGUGUGUGGGUUGGUGUUUGCCCUGGGGUUUACGUGGUACCAACGUGGCUACCGCACGAGAGCGAUGCGAAAGCUCAAGUCGUUUACGUUUCGCAGACGACCUCCUCCUCCUUUCCUUGGGAACCAAUCCGACCCCGGCGGCACCAGCAGGAGCAACACCGGUACGGCGAGCGGAACAGCGGACGCGACCACUGGGCUGGGUGAGUCUGCUGCCUCCGCCGCCGCCGCCGCCGCCGCCGCCGCAUCACAAACAUGUGGUGACGAUUUUUCCUCCGUAGAUGGGGGGACCGCGGCAGCAAGCUCUCUCGGAAGCGGCACCGGUUCCGCCGCCAGCGAGGACAACAGCAGCGGCAACGACGGUUUCAUGAGAAGGGAGGAUGACGACCUGUGCGCGAUCUGCCUCGAAACCUACGAGGACGGGGACAGCCUGACCGGCCUCCCCUGCCGCCACUCGUUCCACACGCAAUGCAUCCGGCCGUGGCUGUCCGGCAAGAGCGCGCUCUGCCCCAUGUGCAAGAGCGAGGCUUUUGGCAAGGGGGGGCUGUUCCUGGCGACGGCGCCGAGGCUGGAGGCGGCGUUCGCCGAGCUCGCGGCGCUGUGCACGGAGAACCUGGCCGUGUUGGGCCUGUUUUUCCUGGCCAGCGUCGCCUGCGGGGUAAUCGCCGCCAAGCUGUCGCUUCGCGACUGACUGUUUCGUUUGCUUGCUUUGCUUUGCUUUGCUUUGCUUUGCUUUGAUUUGCUUUGCUUUGCUUUGCUUUGGUGGCUGUUCUUCUUGCUUCUAGUCUGCGGGUCUCGUAAAACGUGGGUUGCGGUUUCAAGGUCUCGUACACAUGCAGCGCCGGUAUGCAAGCGAGGCGCAUAAACGAGGCGCCUCCCGAGUGCUCGCCCGACCAGAGGGCACGCACGCAAGCGCAGCAUAACGUCAUCUUCCCGCCGACGUGGCGAGUACAAGGGUGCGCCAGCUAGUUUUGUUUCGUUGGGUUCUAGUUGUGUUGUGUGCGAACAAUUAGGUGUGUUUAGCACGGUGUAUUGUUGCCCCCCUCCCGUGGUUUCAACACAUUUUUAUUCUUUUUCGCUUGAUGCUUGUGUGUGUUCCCUUGUAAGCAUCGACCGGCUGACCAAUGAAGAGGCGUCAGUGUCAGUGCGAUUGAAAACAGUAUGUGUGUCUUGAGUCGAGCGAAGCUGGGUUGUACAGCGAUUUUUUUGUCCGCGCUCUGUCUCUCUGUCUCUCUUCGAUGCGCGGAAACGAAAUCGGGUGCUGAGAAGUAGGUAUGCCUGCUCCUCCUUCUCUCCGAAAGGCUGUGGUGAUGCUAUCGCUAGCUCCUUUACGCCCAGCACGGACGUUGAUUGUGCGCGGAACGGGGGGUGGUCCCAUGUGUGAGGAGCGAUGCCACCACCUGGGCGUACCGCGGCGUAUAUUAAAUAGAAAAUAUCGUAGGUGGCGUGCUUGUUGGUGAGUCUGUGGUUGGAAAAGGUGCGUGUGUCUGUAGUUCUUGGUUGUUGGAAGGAAGCUCUCCGGUGUCGCAUGCAAGAAAACUGCAGCCUGGAGGUCAGGUUUCUGGUAUUUCUCGCUCGCAGUUAUUUCCGAGGCGUCAAGUUUUGGUCGUCCGCGCUAGGCAAGGGGGCUGUAUUUCUUAACAGCGGGUGGGGUCGCACGUUUUUUACGAGGAGGUGUUACGUUGCACCCGACAAGUUGGCAGUAGGGGAGCCGGGGCAACAGUAGGCGUGGUUGUUGUUUUCGUUUCCUUUUAAUGUGUGUCGUGUCACAGGUUGAAGAUGAGACGUUAUUGCUACUGGGCCGAGGAUGUCCUCCUGAGGGCAUCUGCUAUCGAGAACAUGAAAAAUGACGUGGUUUUAUUAUUCCAUGGCUUGUCGUAUGGUCGCAAAACAAAACGACAUGAUGACUACGCCAGGAGCCAUAGGAUCGUGACCUGUUUUGAAGUGUUUGUCCCCGUCAGUGCACAGUGGCCUGGUUGUACCAUAGUGCGCGGGGCGUUGCUGAGCCACGCCGUUGAUGACGUCGUACACGUGGAGAUGUGUGCCAUGUCCCGAUUUCUCUAGCAGGUGCAAUGGGAGAGAUGUAAGGCCGUGGGGCGCUGAAUGACUUUCGUAACACAUUGUCGAGGGCGCUUCGGGAACUUUUUAUCGCUCGCGUUGUCUUUGCCAGUUUCGUGAUCAUUUCGUUUGGUUGGAAACUCCGUGAGCGUUGAUUUUCGCCCUCUGAUGACUAGAUGAUUAGUGGCAUGGCCAGGUCUGUUCGGGGGCGCGGACGAUAUGCAAGAUACGACGUACUGAAGUAGAUGCUUGAAAUAUGUUUGUCCAGCAGUUUCGAAUACGAAGGUGUGUGUAUGUUAUGGAUUCUGCACAUCACGCUGGUUCGUCGCUCGUAAGAGUCCGGGGUCGCGUAUAUCGAUUGAUUGUUGGCCUUCUGUCCUGUUUGUGAAAAAACGGAAAAACAACACGGAGAAUGCAAAACAUUUUCUUGUUGAGGGCAUUCCUUUGACUGCGCAUGCCCAACACUGCCCUCGUUUUGAGCAGGAGAGCAUGUGCCACACCUGCGACUAACUUCAGUGAGACACCUCUUCGGAACCCACCGACUGGAUUCU